AUGUUAUUCAUGCUGGAGGGAGAGCUGACCCGAGAUGGGGAGAAAUGGGUCAAGUGUGGUUUGGGUCAAGAGUUGCUCUCGCUUUUUGCGUGUCAAAUGUUUCUCUCGUCGUUUUCUUUUUGUUCUUGGUGAUCAAUGUUGAUUUAGCUCUAUCUGGUCGAGAAUUUACGCAUUUUUGGAAGCUUCUUUUGCUCCAAGUUUUGUCGCAUUUGUAUGAUUUGAUUUAUUCUAUUGCUUUAUAUAUAAAUCUUCGGAAAAUUUGUAAUAUCUGGUGCUUUUCUUAACCUAUCUCUAUAAAUUUCUUUUUCAGGAGAUGGCCAAUAAGAUUCCAGAGAACUAUCAGCAUCUUGAGCCCACCUUCACCACUCCAAUUUCGGACUAUUUUAGUUUGGUGAGCUCUAGACAAGGUAAGUUAAUAUUUUUCUGAUUUAUUCCUUUCAUGUUUAGGAGAACCUUGCGGAUUCUUCGAGGCCAAUUUCUACAAAUGUAUGGAGGCUUAUGGAGCCAAAUUGGGAAGAAAAUACUGUGAUUUGGAGCAUCGGGAUUACUCCGAAUGUAUUACUAGAGAUAAGCAGGUAAUUUGAUGUGUUAGAAGCGAAUUUGGUGGAAAUAUUUUUGGAUCAAGUGUAAUAAAGCUUUUCUUGGCUUUUUAUAGGGGCAGGAGAUGUUUUAUAAGAUCUCGGGGGUUGCUUUUGUCAGGGAUAAUGUAAAAUUUAUAUUGCACUGGAUAAAAACUUCCAAAUUUUAGUAGAAAAAUUGCUUUAGAGAUAGAGAAGAGAUCCAUGAGCAACAUUCUAACAAACACUGUGUUUGCUUCAUCGUAUUUUACCUUCAAAUUUUAGGAAAAGCGCUACAAAGCCAUCCAAGCGGAGUGGGAAAAGAAGUACAAAGAAGGAAAGAUUGACAAGAAAUUCUCGGACCACAUCCAAUACGGCGACUUUAAGCCCGAUUACUUCCGUUGGAACCGUAUUUGGUAG